UUUGUCAGUGGAGAAAUAUCCAAACAACCGAAUGCUUGGCCACCGUAAGAUUGUGGAUGGGAAGCCUGGGAAGUAUGUGUGGAAGACUUACAAAGAAGUGUAUGACAUUGUCAUAAAAGUAGGGAACUCCAUCCGAAAUUGUGGUGUAGAAAAAGUAAGUACUCAUCUCUAUAUGGUAUUAUGCUGAUAAUUUGGCUGACAAGUGAACAAUGCUAAUGAUAAAGUUUAAUCAUUGAAUACCGUAGCAGUGUAGCUAGUGGAAUUUAGCUUUUUGUUUAUUGCCUAGUUCUAAUAGGACUAGGAGCCAAUUAAAAAUCAAUGUGCCCCUUACUCGAAGGUCUACUAAUGCUCUCAAGAAAUGGUAGGCAUCUUCUAAUGCACUUUUUCAGCACUUUGGUACAUAAGUUUAGUUCCAUGUUUAAAUGUGGAUUAUCAUCCUCCUUGGCUGUUCAUUUUUCCCAUCAUUGAGGGAGGGAAAUGUGGUAUUUUCGGUGCCAAUUGUGCUGAGUGGAUUAUCAGCAUGGAGGCAUGCAAUGCUCAUGGACUUUACUGUGUCCCUCUGUACGACACCUUGGGUGCUGGUGCAGUGGAAUUUAUCAUUUCCCAUGCAGAAGUUGCAAUUGCUUUUGUUGAGGAGAAAAAAGUUCCCGAGCUUUUGAAAACAUUUCCAAAUGCUGCAAAGUACUUGAAGACGGUUGUGAGUUUUGGGGAAGUGACUCCUCAACAAAAGGAGGAGAUCGAAAAGUUUGGAGUGUCUCUUUAUUCCUGGGAUGAGUUUCUGCAAGUAGGAAGCAAAAAUCAGUAUGAUCUUCCACUGAAGGAGAAGACUGAUAUCUGUACAAUAAUGUAUACCAGUGGAACAACCGGAGAACCCAAGGGUGUGAUGAUCUCAAAUAAUAGCAUUGUUACUCUUAUAGCUGGAGUGAAGCGGUUUCUUGAGAGUGUAAAUGAGGCGCUGACAAUGAGUGAUGUAUAUCUCUCAUAUCUCCCCUUGGCACAUAUCUUUGAUCGGGCGAUUGAAGAAUGUUUCAUUAGACAUGGCGCCUCAAUAGGAUUUUGGCGAGGGGAUGUCAAAUUACUAACUGAAGACCUUGGAGAGCUGAAACCAACUGUCUUCUGUGCGGUACCUCGGGUAUUAGACAGAAUAUAUUCAGGUUUGCAACAGAAAAUUUCUUCAGGGGGUCGGCUAAGAAGCACGUUGUUCAAUAUUGCAUAUGCUCGAAAACUUCAAUAUUUGAAGGAUGGGUGUAAAUAUCACGAAGCAUCUCCAAUAUCUGACAAAGUUGUUUUUAGUAAGGUAAGAGAUGGUCUAGGAGGAAAAGUACGUCUUAUAUUAUCUGGAGCAGCACCCCUCUCUUCUCAUGUAGAAGCUUUUCUGCGAGUUGUAGCAUGUGCUCAUGUUCUUCAGGGAUAUGGUCUUACUGAAACAUGUGCUGGUACAUUUGUAUCACUACCUAACCAGUUUGAUAUGCUUGGUACGGUUGGUCCUCCGGUGCCCAAUGUGGAUGUGUGCUUGGUGUCCGUUCCUGAAAUGGAAUAUGAUGCUCUUUCAAGCACACCACGUGGAGAAAUAUGUGUGAGGGGAGACACUCUGUUUUCUGGUUAUUACAAGCGUGAGGAUCUGACAAAAGAAGUCUUGAUUGAUGGAUGGUUCCAUACAGGGGAUAUUGGUGAGUGGCAACCAAAUGGUAGCUUGAAGAUAAUUGAUCGCAUGAAGAAUAUUUUCAAGCUAUCACAAGGAGAAUAUGUUGCAGUCGAAAAUUUGGAGAAUGUAUUUGGCAAUAAUCCUGUUAUUGAAUCGGUAUGGGUAUAUGGGAGCAGCUUUGAGUCUUUCCUUGUUGCUGUUGUUAAUCCAAGUAAACAACAGGUUGAAAAAUGGGCCAAACAGAAUAGCCUCUCAGGGGAUUUUAAUUCCCUCUGUGAAAAUUCAAAGGUGAAAGAGCACAUAUUAGGGGAGCUCACAAAAGUUGGAAAAGAAAAGAAGCUGAAGGGAUUUGAGUUCAUAAAAGCUCUACACCUUGAUCCAGUUCCAUUUGACAUGGAACGUGACCUCCUGACUCCAACAUUUAAGAAGAAAAGACCACAAUUGCUUAAAUACUACAAGGACGUGAUUGACACCAUGUACAAGGAUGCUAAAUGAACUUGCAAUGCUUAAAAAUAGCACCUUUUUUUUUCUAACUAAACUUCCUCUUUUUAUGUUUUUUUGUUUUAGUGUUGUACAUAGCACACUCAAACAAAUAUAAGAUUGUUUUAUUCAAAACUGGAUCAGACCCUGUAAUACAUGGGAAUGCUAUUUCUGAACACAUUGCAUUAUGUAACUAGAUUAUGUUAUUGCACAAACCAAUUCAAGAAUCCUAUCUUGGUUCUCAACAAUAA